AUGGCUCGGUCUCAGCGGUCUCGAGGCCGGCUCUGGAAGGGACCUAGCUUUGCUGGUCUCUUCGUAUCAUCUGUACUUCUCCCAACGGCGACACUGGCCUACUAUGACCUCCCCGCUCUCCAGGUCCCCAUCCUCCCGCCCCAGAUACCCUUGGAUGGGCCAGAGCUCUCACCCGAAACACAUGAGUUUUCACUUCGUCAUAUUUUCCAGCGAGGCGCUCGCGAUUACCCUGACCUCCACGCCAGAUUAGAUGUCCAGCCAGAAACUCAACUUUGGACUGUUUCAGAAGAUGGCAAGAAAGAGGAGCUCAUCACAAAACAGCAGCCUUUAGUUGCUUCCUCCCAUCCUAUGACGAUACAACGUUUGGCAGAUCGACGCGUAUCGGUCAUACAAGAUCACCUUGAAGCUGCCCGUUUCUGGGGUCAUGCCCAAACAUUAUCGCCAUCAGAAUGGGUUAUAGACACACUCCCUGGGCCGAAUAUUACGGAUAAACAGACUGUUCUUACUUUUGCCAAAAUGGCCGCGAACGAUUAUAUCGAGGUACCCGGUACAGGAGAAUGGAGAGCAAUCCAUGGAAAGUUCAACUGGACAGGAAGCUUUGGAUGGAAGGGAGACGGGCUCCGGGGGCAUAUAUACGCCGAUAAGACGAACUCUACGAUUGUUAUCUCUCUUAAGGGAACGUCGCCCGCUCUUUUUGAUGGGGCCGGUACAACUACAAAUGACAAAGAUAACGACAAUCUAUACUUCAGUUGCUGCUGCGGCCAAGGAGGCUCCUAUCUUUGGAGACAAGUCUGCGACUGCCAAAAUGCUACCUACACUGCGAACUUGACGUGUAUCGAGAAGGAAGUGGUUCGCAAAGAUAGGUAUUAUGCCUCAGUCAUUGAGCUCUAUGGUAAUGUGACAGAGCUCUACCCCCAAUCUAAAGUCUGGUUGACUGGCCAUUCCCUCGGAGGUGCUAUGACCAGCUUGCUGGGUCUGACAUUCGGGUUGCCAACUGUAACAUUUGAAGCUGUUCCCGAAGCCCUGCCUGCAGCCCGUCUAGGUCUCCCCAGUCCACCCGGCUAUGACCCGCGACUUCCACAAACGCGGCAGUAUACAGGUGCAUUCCAUUUUGGCCACACGGCUGAUCCGGUAUUUAUGGGGACUUGUAAUGGAAUUAACGCAAUAUGCACAUGGGGUGGCUAUGCGAUGGAGUCGGCAUGUCAUACCGGCCAAAUGUGCGUCUACGACACUGUGGCAGACAAGGGUUGGCGAGUUGGCAUCGGCACUCAUAGCAUUCAGAAUGUGAUAUCUGAUGUUCUUGAAAAAUAUGACACUGUCCCACCAUGCCUAGCCGAGGAGGAAUGUUACGACUGUGUGUUGUGGAAGUUUUUCAGAAGCAACGGCUCUGAAAUUACCACUACUACAACGACAACUACCACAUCAUCUACCGCCACAAGAACAUCUACAUGCAAGACUCCAGGUUGGUGGGGUUGCCUUGACGAAAGCACCACUGCCACAACCACGACCACGACAACCAUAUCUACAACUACCACUACUACAUCGACAUGCAAAACUCCUGGCUGGUUCGGUUGUAACGACCCUACAUCAACGGUUCCUUUCACAACGUCAACCGCGAGCUCGACAUGCAAAACCCCUGGUUGGUUCGGCUGUAAUGACCCCACUUCAGGCACUACGAUUACUGCAACACCGGCACCGACAAUAACUACAACAGUCCCGACUGCAACAUCAACGACUUGUCAUGACCCCGGUUGGUUCGGUUGCAAUGACCCAGCUAAAACUACAACUACAACAGGCAACGGCUCAAAACCGCAUUCUAUCUGCAAGACACCUGGUUUAUUAUGGGGAUGCUGGGAUGAACCAACAUCCACGUCUUCACGCACAUCGGCUCCUACAUCAAGUUCUACAGCCUCUUGCAAGACCCCUGGAUUGUUAUGGGGAUGCUGGGAUGAGCCAACUUCGACACCUGGUAUUACAUCCGCUCCAACCUCAACAGCGACCACCACAUCUACCAGCUCGCACACAUGCACUCACAGCAUCAUCUUCGGACUUAUAUGCCUCGAC